GAAAGAUAAAGCGAGGAUCGGGGCGGGAGGUGUGUUCUGCUGAAACUUAAAGCUGCUUUAGAGAAGCCAGGACUAGCAGAGGGAGAACAUCUUGUGGACAGAACAACAUUUUUAGGGGGAUUUAACACACAGCAGCUUCAGCGAUGCAUUCCCAUUCGGGGCUGAUCUUUAAAGCAGUCCUGGCUCUUCUACUCCCGCGACCGACCAGCGCCGAGUCCGACCCAUUUCAAGCCGUCAACCCGAACGAAUCGGUCGGGUGCCUCCAGCCUCCUCUCUCCGCGCUUCUCACCCGCGGCGCCGCGUCCGCAGCCGCGACAGAUGAGAUCCUGGAGUCCAGCCAGGAAGCGCUGCUCGUCACGGAGCGCCGCUACCUGCGGACGGACUGGUGCAAGACGCAGAUGCUGAAGCAGACCAUCCAGGAGGAGGGCUGCCUGAGCCGCACCAUCACCAACCGCUUCUGCUACGGACAGUGCAACUCCUUUUACAUCCCGCGGCACACUUACCAGGACGGCGGCGUGUUCCAGGCCUCCUCCGCCUGCAGACCGAAAACGUUCAGCACCAUCACCCUCACGCUGUUUUGUCCGGGUCAGACGCCCAGCACGCGGAGGAAGCGGGUCCAGCGCGUGAAGCAGUGCCGCUGCGUAAAUAUUAACACGGACUGAACCGCAGCCGGAUGACCGGACCGUUGAUAAAUAAUCAAGAAAACGGCGUCAGGGUACCAGAGUGAGGACACCUUUGAUGAAACUUGACUGAACUGCUGCAGAGUCCAAAGCCGGCCCAAGGCAAAUGCGAGUUUCUUGGGGCCCCAACACCACCAGGGCCCCCCAAGAGUAUCAUUUUAUUUUAUUUUGUAGUGAUGAAUUGCCCAUUUUACACUGUCUACACCAAAUUUGAACAACAAAAGACAUUAUACUUGCUAACUUGUUUACUGUAAAUAAAAUUUUACUUUCAAAUAGUUAAAUUAACAUGCCACACCUACAGUAAAUACCACUCUCCAUUUCAAAAUGCUAAUUAAUUAUAGCAUAUUUGCUUUUUUGCUACACCUGUAAGAUUAAAAUCAAGAGUCCUAAUAACAUCGGUAUGAUGCACUCUACAAAAAACACAAGGUUUACCAAGUAUAUUUGGUCUAGCUUCUAGUGUAAAUGACUUCUAGUGUAAAUAAAAAGUGUACUAAAAGUAAAUCUUCAGCAAGAUACAGGAGUUUGUUUAAAGUCAAUAAUCCCUUAAUUCUGAUUAAUAAGUACAAACAAGCUGCCAUAUGUUGCUAAAAAGUUGUUUGUAAACUAAUUUUAUCUUAUUUCAGGUGUGUUAAUAUCUUUCUCUAGAUCAGUGGUUCUUAACCUGGGUUCGGUCGAACCCCAGGGGUUCGAUGAGUCGGUCUCAGGGGUUCGGUGGAGCCUCUUCCGCGGAGGUAAAGACACACUUGUGUAAAGUCGUGAUGACGCGCCCCGCUUGGCCAUCACUUGCUGCAGAGGAUCAUGUUGCAUUGCUCGGCCAAUCAGCGCUGCGGGGAAUUUAGUGCGCGCAGUAUCAGCGGCUGUCGUAGUUGUAUGUAGCGUGGUUUCUUUCUUAAUAUUUUAAUCCAUACUAAAUAUGUCGAGCAAAAAAA